AUGUCAGUAAUGCUGCCAGUGGGGGUAAAGUAUGAGAAUGAAACUGAAUUACCAGUGAAGACCAAACGAGCAAGUGUAGCUUGUAACUUAUGUCGUGAUAGUAAAUUAAAAUGUAUAAAUAACAAUGAUAAAACUCAAUGUGAAAGAUGCACUUUGUUAAAGCUUGAAUGUUCAUAUACUUUAAAGAAAUCACAAUUGAAGAAAAGAAAAUUAUCGAAACAUUUUAAAGAUUUACCUGUUGAUACAAGUAAUGGUAGUUCUAAUAGAUAUAGAAAUAGUAAUAUUAUUACUAAAUCUCCUACUCGUGCUCCAGGAUUAAAUAUAAAAGCUCCUAUAUUAACUGUAAGUUCCAGUAAAGAAAGUCUGAAUUCAAUAAACGAUAGUCCUCAUAGUCCACCAAUAGCAAAACCUGCUUUAAAACCAUAUCAUUCAAUAAUUCUACCGGUUAAAUCUAUAAUAUUAGAAGUAGCAGAAAUAUAUUUUGAAAAUCAAUAUAAAGGUAUAUUCCCCCAUCUACAUAAACCUUCGAUAAUAUCUUUCAUAAGAUCUCCAGAAUUUGAUCCAAAAACUUAUAUUACUGAUUAUUAUAAUGAUUGCUUUGAUACUUGUUAUACAGCAUCUUUAAAGUACCCUGAUCCAGUAAUACUAUUAGCUAUUUUAGCCCUUUGUUCAAGAUUACAUCCAGAUAUGCCUAAAAUGUAUGGAAAUUUCUCAGAGGAUAAAUCACCAGAAACAUUUGUCCCAAACUUGAAUAAUAUUAAUAAUCCUAAAACAGUAGAUAAUGAUAAUGGAAAUGCAGCUUCAAAUGCAUCUAACUAUUUUGGUUGGCAUGCAAGAAAUAUUCUAAAGGAAGUAUUUGAUAGCCCAACGAUUCAACGAGUACAAGCACUAACUAUAUUAAGUAGCCAUGAAUGGGGAGAAGGAUGUGCAUCUAGGAGUUUUUUGUAUGUUGGAAUAGCAGCAAGAAUGGUUUUACUUUUAGGAUUGGGAAAUGAAAGUGGCUUAUUUAUUAAAGAAGAAGAAGAUAAAAACUUAGAUGAAGCAUCAAAAUUUAUUUGCAUUGAAGGAAAAAGAAGGACAAUGUGGGCUGUAUACAUGAUGGACAGAUGUAAUUCUAGUGGACGUGAUAGACAUUCAUGUAUUAAACUAAACGACAUAAAAUUAAAACUUCCAUCAACCGAGAAAGAUUUCAUAUUUCGUAAUUAUAAGCAAAAAUCUUUAACCUUUGAAGAAGCCAAUAACUAUAUUCAUGAUCCUACAAAACGUCAUUUAUUAAGUGAUACUUCAUGUUUUGGAUUUUUAAUUAUCUUAUUUGAAACUUGGGCCAGUAUAGCUAAAUGGGCAGGAGAAACUGGUGGAAAACUUGAAAAAUUACCUCCUUGGGAGAAGGAAUCUCCCUAUUAUAAAUUGUCAAAAGAAUUAGAUACUUUUAGAGAUAGUCUACCAAUUCACUUACAAUUCAAUCACUUUAAUUUAGAAGCUCAUAUUGCUGACGGGUCAGCAGCUGAUUUUGGAUACUUUCAUGGUUUAUUUUUUUUAUGUCGAAUUUUUCUUAAUCGAGAAUAUUUCUUUUGUACUCCCGAAUCAUUUCCUGAAGGUUGGUGGGAAACAGAAACAAGAGUGUUACUAGAGACUUUGGAUGAUCUAUCUUAUAUUACAAGAACUUUAAAGCCUAUAAAUAUGAUGGUAAUAGCUCCAUUUACAGGUUUUCAAGUUUUUACAGUCGCAGCUACAAGCUUUUAUUUUGAUGCAUUUCCUAAAAAAUUACUAAUACUGAAUUUCCCAUUUAAAAAGCCUAAAUCGGAAGAAGCAUUGAUUAUAGAGGUUGAACAAUUAAAAAAUAAAUAUAGAAAUUUAGCUGCUGAAGCUCUUGAUAAUUUAGCAACGUGGAGAAAAGUAUGGGGGUUAGGAAAUGGUUGGUAUACUACCAGUCUAAAGUUGCAAAAAAUGUUUGCAAUGGUUGCGAAAGAGAACUCGUCUGCUGUGGAAGAUGAUGAUUUGAGACAUUCAAUGCAUGAUUAUGGUAUUGGUAAAGUACAAGAAGAAUUUAAACCCGAAUAUGUUAGAGAUAGAAAAGAUAUGAAUAUUCUGAGCUUAUUAGUAUCCGAUGAAAAUAAAGAACCUCGUACUGCAAAUUUUAGAGCUACUCCAAGUCCAUUUGUUCAUGAAUCAUUAAGAGAGUUGGCAUCUCCAGCUGGUUUGAAUUCGCCUUCUCUUGAUUUCAUUAAUAACUUUGACUUGUCUAAUAUAUUCCCGGGUUGGAAUGAUCCUACCAAAAUGUGA